AUGAACGACAGCCUCGGCGCCUUUCUCGCCAUCGCCGUCCUCUGGCUCAUCCUCCGCUUCGCCUUUGGCGGCAGCUCGUCCUCGAAUGGCAACGCCAAUGCCGCCGGCCCCAGUCUAGAUGCGGCGCGGGCCCGUCAGGUACCGCAGCACAUGGUCGACGCCGUAAAGACCCUCUUCCCCCACGUCCCCGAGGCCUCGAUCCGCUACGACCUACAACGGUCCGGCAGUGCCGAGGCCACCUGCGACCGCAUCCUCAACGAAGGCGGACUGCCGACGCCACCUGCCGGAUUCUUCGGAACAGCAACGUCCAACACGCCAAGCAGAUCCGAUGCAGCGGCCACAACGGCCACUCACGAGCCAGCAGCAGCAGCAGCGGGGCAGGCCGCCAACGCUGCUGCGCGCGGUGCCAACGCAAGGGCGUCGGCAUCGUCUUCGUCGUCGAGCUCGGUCAAGCGCACCACCUUGAUAUCCCGUUUCGGCACCGACGGCGACGCCCUCGAUACGACGGCCGACAAAGGCGAUGGCGACGCGCAGGGCUGGGCCCCCUCGCCAGAGGAGCGGGCCAAGCGGCUAGAGGAGCGAAAGCGUCGGAUGGUGCUCGAGGCGAGGAAGAAGCUCAUGGAGAGGCAGGCGCACAAGACCGAAUAG